AUGAACCAGAUCAAAGUCGAUUGGGGAUUGAAGGAGGACCCUCUUCCUGCAGAUUAUUUCGACCUCAUCGGAGGCACAUCCACAGGAGGCCUCAUCGCACUCCUACUUGGCCGUCUGCGUCUAUCCGUGCCCGAGGCCCGGACAGAAUUCACACGUAUUGUACAGCAUGUUUUCACGCUCGAGCGCCGCGUCAAGGUCCUCAUAAACAUCCCUCUUCUGGGGCCUUAUGUCAAGAGGGAAAUCUUCGACGAGCGGAGACUAGAAGCCGCCGUCAGGCGGGUUCUGGUCGCCCGCUUGGGACAAGGCCGUGGAGACGAAAAGCUGUUUGAUCGUAGCGACGGCCGUUGCAGAGUCUUCGUCUGCGCCAAGGUGCUCCAAGUCGCCGACGCCCCGCGCCUGUUUAGGACGUACGAUGCCUCUGGGACGGAACCGUCUGACUGCAGGAUCUGGGAGGCGUGCCGCGCGACCAUGGCCGCGCCGGCCUACUUCAAGGGCAUCAACAUAGGAGUCGAGAGUGAGCGGGAGACAUUUGUUGGCGCCGGAUUGGGCUGCAACGAUCCGAUCCAGGAGGUGUUGGCGGAGGCAAGACGAGUCUUUCCUGCGUACAGGAAAAUUGCAUGCGCCGUCAGCAUCGGAACCGGCACCAAGAGAGCGCCCAAGGCUCGGUCAGGCCUGCCGCUGACGACCAGGCGCAAAGCGAUUGAGAGGCUGGAGGCGUUUGCAACGAGUGAGGAUGACAAGGCACAGGCGGGUGCUAAGUUUGACAAAGCCUCCGAGGCGUACUUCCGCCUCAAUGUCGAUGGUUGCCUGGGCAGCGUGGGACUUGAAAAUUGGAGGGAGCUGGGGCAGGUCCGGAGCCUCACGACGAGGUAUCUUGACCAGAACGAGGUAUCGGAUCAAAUACGAAAAAUAGCCAAGGUAUUGGUGGCGCAGGACAGUUCAAGCGGUGCUUCCCUCGAGUCAUCCCCGAGAGUCCAUCGCAGACGUAGGACAGUCUGA